ACAACACGGGCACUGGAAACGUCAUUGUUUCUACUAGUCAGUCUUCUUGAACUAAAAACAACAGCAUGCACAGUUUUAAGAUAGAAAUGUUAUGAAAGACCUCUCUCGGAUGUUAGUUCACGGUUUGAAGCCUCAGUUAUAGUCUGUCAUCGCUCUUGAGGACUGAGAGUUGCAGAUGGAUCUCCUGGUCACCAAUGUGGCCGAGCUCCUCACGGCUGCUGUCCAGGAGGUGCUUCAGCUCAUGGGUCAGGCUGUGUUAGAGUAUCAGAAGGAGUUUGCCAAAACACGCCUGGAGAAUCACCAACUCCAGCUGAAGCUCCGAGAACUCCAGGAGAGAAACACUAAAGCACCAGAUGAAGCUUUUCCAAGAGAUGAGUCUCAUUUGAAAGAGGAUCAAGCACAGGAAGAUCUUAUUUCUCAUGAAGAUUCAGCUGUGAGCGAGGAGAUAAAGCUGACUGAUGAACCUGCUCAUAUAAGCCUAGUUUUAGAUGAGACUCCUGUAAAUAGUCAACAUCAUUCUCUGCAAGCGACCUGUGAAUAUUCCUUCAAUAAUCAAAGACCCCUAUCGAGAGUUAAGACCAGCUCUUCAAGUAGGAUCUCCAACUCUUCAUCUGGCAGCAGAAAGACUCCAGCGACGGAGACACCGCGGGCCUCAAACACAAUCAAGCUGGAGUCUAAACCAGAGCCUCUGGAAUGUCCUCUUACAGGAGAUGCAGAUCAUGUGCCAACACCAGCUCCUGUUGUUGUUCCUGUGCAGGGCGCUGCUUUUGCAGAGGAACACAUCCAGCAGCCGGCGUCCUCAAUUCCUAACAACAUCAUCCACUUCAGCCAGCCUCAUAAACCAGUGAGGUGUGCUUCUAAACACGUUCUGAGGUCGCGGGUGAAGAAAAUGGUGGACGCUCAGGGUGGUCGUAGUGCCGUCAGCAUCAGCACGAGCAGAGAAAUGCUGCACAGCUGUCAUUUGUGCGGGAAGACCUUUGCGUCACCCUCCAGCCUCGGUGCCCACUUUGUGUGCCAUUCAAACGAGAGGCCUUUUGGCUGCAAAUACUGUAAGUUCAGGUUCAGUCGUCUGGCCGAUCUGAAGAAGCAUGAGCAAAUUCACACUGGAGAAAAGCCAUAUCACUGCUCCCUCUGUGGACGCCGCUUCAACCGCAGAGAGAAUCUCAAAAGACACCUGAGGAAAGUUCAUUAUGGAGCAGCGCUGUGAGCUUUAGACUUCACAGGCUUCAUCCUUUUCACUUUGCAUGCUGAUGUUGCAUCUGAAUGGCAUUAAUCAGUCUGACGAAAGUGUUCCUCACGUUAAUAUCAUGCAUUGCUGACUGUUUGCGUUGAACAAAGGUGAAUUAUGAUCUGAAAUAUGACACACUGAUGAGUUCAACUGGAUUUUUGACAUUGUUAGCAUUUAUAGCAGCAUUCUUUUACUUGUUUUUUUAGCAAAUGUUUUCUCUAGAAGUGCAAAAGUUAUGCCAAACAAACAUCAUUGCUCAAAAUUUGGGGUCGGCUUUAAUGAGGGUUUCUGCAGCUUUUAUCAAGACAAAUUUAAAAAUUUUAAAGACCCUUUUAAGACCAUUCUAAAUGAAACUUUAGACUUGUACAGGACUAAACACUAAUGAUUAUUUCUAAUGACCCGGUUAGGAGUGGAUUCUUUUUUUCUUUUUUUUUUGCUCUCCAUAAAAAAAAUUUAAUCAAAUGUAAUUAUUUCCUAGCAACAUAUCUUAAUGUGUCAAAACAAGACAAUUAUAGUUGCAUACACUUUUUUUUUUAUUGACUGUGUAUUUAUUGUGGAGAUAGUUGCAUAAAUAAAAAUAUUUAUUUGU